AGGGACCCCGGCCCGAGCGCGCCUCCAGCCGUGGCGAGCCCGCGGAGACGCGCGGCGCAGACCAUGGAACGGGCCGGCCCCAGCUCCGGGCGGCCGCAGCAGCAGCAGCAGCCGCGAGACCAGGACUCGGUGGAAGCGUGGCUGGACGACCACUGGGAUUUUACCUUCUCUUACUUUGUUAGAAAAGCCACCAGAGAAAUGGUCAACGCAUGGUUCGCUGAGAGAGUCCAUACCAUCCCUGUGUGCAAGGAAGCCGUCCGAGGCCACCCUGAGUCUUGCUCCUGCCCCUCGCAGCCAAAUCCUCGUGCCGACAGCAGCACCCCAGGAACACCUACCAGGAAAAUCUCAGCAUCUGAGUUUGACCGGCCCCUUCGACCCAUUGUGGUCAAGGAUUCCGAAGGCACCGUGAGCUUUCUCUCGGACUCGGACAAGAAGCAACAGAUGCCUCUAACCCCUCCACGGUUUGAGCAUGACGAAGCGGACCAGUGCUCGAGACUCUUGGAGCUGGUGAAAGACAUUUCCAGCCAUUUGGAUGUCACAGCUCUGUGCCACAAAAUUUUCCUACACAUCCAUGGACUCAUCUCUGCCGACCGCUAUUCUCUGUUCCUUGUCUGUGAGGACAGUUCCAACGAUAAGUUCCUUAUCAGUCGCCUCUUUGAUGUGGCCGAAGGAUCAACACUAGAAGAAGCUUCCAAUAGCUGCAUCCGCCUAGAGUGGAACAAGGGCAUUGUGGGUCAUGUGGCAGCGCUUGGCGAGCCCUUGAACAUCAAGGAUGCCUAUGAGGAUCCUCGGUUCAAUGCAGAAGUUGACCAAAUUACAGGCUACAAGACACAAAGUAUUCUUUGUAUGCCAAUUAAGAAUCAUAGGGAAGAGGUUGUUGGCGUGGCCCAAGCCAUCAACAAGAAAUCAGGAAAUGGUGGGACAUUCACUGAAAAAGAUGAAAAGGACUUUGCUGCUUAUUUGGCAUUUUGUGGUAUUGUUCUUCACAAUGCUCAACUCUAUGAGACUUCAUUACUGGAGAACAGGAGAAACCAGGUGCUACUUGACCUUGCUAGCUUAAUUUUUGAAGAGCAACAAUCAUUAGAAGUAAUUUUAAAGAAAAUAGCUGCCACUAUUAUCUCAUUCAUGCAGGUGCAGAAAUGCACCAUUUUCAUAGUGGAUGAAGAUUGCUCCGAUUCUUUUUCUAGCGUGUUCCACAUGGAAUGUGAAGAAUUAGAAAAAUCAUCUGAUAACUUAACAAGGGAACGUGAUGCAAACAAAAUCAAUUACAUGUAUGCUCAAUAUGUCAAAAAUACUAUGGAACCACUUAAUAUCCCAGAUGUCAGUAAAGAUAAAAGAUUUCCCUGGACAAAUGAAAGCACAGGAAAUGUAAGCCAGCAGUGCAUUCGAAGUUUGCUUUGUACACCUAUAAAAAAUGGAAAGAAGAAUAAAGUCAUAGGGGUCUGCCAACUUGUAAAUAAGAUGGAGGAGAAUACUGGUAAGGUUAAGCCUUUCAACCGCAACGAUGAACAGUUUCUGGAAGCUUUUGUCAUCUUCUGUGGCUUGGGGAUCCAGAAUACACAAAUGUAUGAGGCGGUGGAGAGAGCCAUGGCCAAGCAAAUGGUCACAUUAGAGGUUCUGUCCUAUCAUGCUUCCGCAGCAGAGGAAGAGACAAGAGAGCUCCAGUCCUUAGCGGCUGCUGUGGUGCCAUCCGCCCAGACCCUUAAAAUCACUGACUUCAGCUUCAGUGACUUCGAGUUGUCCGAUCUGGAAACAGCGUUGUGCACAAUUCGGAUGUUCACUGACCUCAACCUCGUGCAGAACUUCCAGAUGAAACAUGAGGUUCUGUGCAGAUGGAUUUUAAGUGUUAAGAAGAAUUAUCGGAAGAAUGUUGCCUACCAUAAUUGGAGACAUGCUUUCAACACAGCUCAGUGCAUGUUUGCUGCUCUUAAAGCAGGCAAAAUCCAGAACAAGCUAACUGACCUGGAGAUACUUGCCUUGCUGAUUGCUGCACUAAGCCAUGAUCUGGAUCACCGUGGUGUCAAUAACUCUUAUAUACAGAGAAGUGAACACCCACUUGCUCAGCUCUACUGCCAUUCAAUCAUGGAACACCAUCAUUUUGACCAGUGCCUGAUGAUUCUUAAUAGCCCAGGCAAUCAAAUUCUCAGUGGCCUCUCCAUUGAAGAAUACAAGACCACCUUGAAAAUAAUCAAGCAAGCUAUUUUAGCUACAGACCUAGCACUGUACAUUAAGAGGCGAGGAGAAUUCUUCGAGCUUAUAAGAAAAAACCAAUUUGAUGUGGAAGACCCUCGUCAGAAAGAGUUAUUUUUAGCAAUGCUGAUGACUGCCUGUGAUCUUUCGGCAAUUACAAAGCCCUGGCCCAUUCAACAACGGAUAGCAGAACUUGUGGCAACUGAAUUUUUUGAUCAAGGAGACAGAGAGAGAAAAGAACUCAACAUAGAGCCAACUGAUCUAAUGAACAGGGAGAAGAAAAACAAAAUCCCAAGUAUGCAAGUUGGGUUCAUAGAUGCCAUCUGCUUGCAACUGUAUGAGGCUCUAACUCACGUGUCCAAGGACUGUUUCCCUUUGCUGGAUGGCUGCAGAAAAAAUAGGCAGAAAUGGCAGGCUCUGGCAGAACAGCAGGAGAAGAUGCUGAUCAAUGGGGAAGGCAGCCAGGCCAAGCGGAACUGAGCAGCCAGUUUCUUGCAGAGUUGAAGUUUACAGAGCUGGUGUAUUUUGCAUUCUGCCUGGUGUCCCUAUGCACUGUACAGACUUGGGUUAUACUUGCCACUGCUCUAUUUUUAUUUUUGCACAACUCUUGAGAGCAUAGCAUGAAGUGUUUUAGACUAUAGCAUAUAUUCUGUAUAUUUGUUUUACACCACUGAGCUGAGAUGAUCAAUGAUAACCUCAUUUCUCAUGAGAAUUCUGUUUGGAGCAUCUUGUGUAUUGCAGAAGGCAAGUAGCUUCCUUGCACUGAGGUUGUUUUUGUUUUUUGUGUUUGCGUAGGGAUUUCAAAUAAUUUUUUUGCUGUGUUCUGUGAAUUACUAGACUUUCGAGAAUGUUUGGAAUCUUUUCUCAAAAGUAGGUUAGGAG